AUGAUCAAUGCAACGCCAGAAAGUGUUCGGAAGUCGUUGAGAGUGAGCCAAAAAAGCACCACAGGAGAACAGUUUGGUGAACCUAGAAUAACUCGUCAACGAAGGCACAUCAUGGGAAAAUUUGUGGACAAUUAUGUCUCCAAAAGUCCCGAGCCCAACGACUUGUCUGUAGAACAAUCUUUAGAAACAUCGCCAGAGAAAACCCAACCAAAAGUGGAGGAAUGCCCGGAGCCUCCGGACCCAUUAGAAAACGUUCCUGUAUGCUCAACAACUGUACCUAAUCAUAUUGCUGCUCAAGGGACGGAUAAACUUGUAAAAAAGUCCAAAAUUGUACCCAAAGAACGAAAGCUGAAUGCUAAAUUGGAAGCUAUCAACAAUAAACUCUCGGACUGUGUGACAGCACCUUUUUCAACACCUUCAAAUCAAGGCCAACCCCAGACACCGCCAGACGAAACCAAACCAAAAGUGGAGGAAUGCCCUGAACCUCUGGAUCCAUUAGAAAAUGUUCCUGUAUGUUCAACAACUGUACUUAAUCAUAUUGGUGCUCAAGUGACGGAUAAACUUGUAAAAAAGUCCACAAUCGUACCCAAAAGACAAAAGCUAAAUGAAAAACUGGAAGCACUCAACAAUAAACUCUCGGAAUGUGUGGCAGCACCUUUUUCAACACCAGAUGGGUUACCAAUAAAACGGAUGCCGGUAUCUACGGACAAUGAAGUCGCGCCUCCAUUACUUCCUGUUUGUUCAACAACAGUACUCAAUCACAUUGCUGCUCAAGUAACGGAUAAAUUUGUAAAAAAGUCACUUGUGAACAGAGAACGAAAUCUGAAUGAAAAACUGGAAGCUCUCCAAUAUAAACUCUCGGAAUGUGUGGCAACAUCUUCAGCAACACCUCCAAAUCAAGAGCAAUCCCAGAACGGCAACGGAGAAAUAAAGAAAGAAUCCAUAGAGACUGGGAAGCAAGGUCAUAUUGCUGCUCAAGUGACGGAUACAUUUAUGAAAAAAUCCAAUAAUGUGAACAAAGAACCAAAGCUGAGUGCAAAAUUGGAAGCUCUCCAAAAUAAACUUUCGAAAUGUGUGGCAACAUCUUUGACAGCACCUCCAAAUCAAGAGCAACCCCAGAACGGCAACGAAGAAAUAAAGAAAGAGACUGUGGAGAGUGGGAAGCAAAGUUCAGCAAGCAAAACAAUACUUGAGAAAUUUUCUCCGGCACCUGGAAUCGCAAUUGCUGACUCUGCCGUAAGGAAUAGUUUGCUAUGGGUCCAAGAACAAAAUACUCAGAGAGUUAUUGAAGAACAAAACCGUUUGCUAGAAUAUAUAAAUAUUCCACUGGAUCCAGAUGCCGAACCGCCUCGGUAUAAAAAGUUCAAGAAAGAUAAUGAUGAAAUAGAAGAAGAAGAGCGGAGACUAGACGAGGAAGCCGCCAUGACAGUCGCUAAAAUUCGAGAAGCAGCGGUUAAAAGGAUCAUUCAGACACGUACCUCCGGGAAAACGCCCACUUGCGUUCAAGUGGCUGCGCAAGACGCUGAAAUCGCCCACUAUAUUACUGCGACAUCCGACGUUUCAAUAUUGAACGAGAUGCCAGAACCUACUACAAAGGCUCUACCUACAAAGGCAUUAAAGAAGCGAGCUGACAUUUCCAGUUCAGAAGACCCUAUUUCUGAUUCUAUAACUGAUGUAGUCCGUAAAAAUAUGUUACCAGUAAAACAGGCGCCGGUACAUACUAACAAUGUAGUCGCACCUCCAUUGUUACCUCAUCGACCAAUCGGUCUUCCCAACCGCCAACUUCCCCGUUCAUUGGGACCAUGUUCUCAAAGCGGACAAACUCUUCGACUUCCUAUACCACAGUUUCGUCCACGUGUACCAACGAUAUAUCAAGGUUCUGCACAUGCCCGGCCAAUGCUUCCUGUUAAAGUAGUAAUGAGACCUUCCGCUGCUGCUCCGACUCCAUCCACCAGUGCAGUUGCACUGAAGACACCCAAAGAAGAACCAGUGGAGCCGACCACUAUGCUUAAAGAAACAAAAGAGGUAUUGGUGACACCGAAAAGUGAGAUCAACGCACUAAGUGGUCUUAAAAAACCAAAGGAAGAGCCAGUUGAAGAGGAAGAAGUAACAGCACCGAAAACUCUUCCAAGCCACAUCAUCUCAUCUGAUAGAAAACGAUUGAUACCUAAUCAUUAUAAUAUCCCUACUGCACCAAUGGGAGCAAACCAACGUGUUGUAACUAAUGGAACUCACAUCCCAAGUGGAACAACUACGGAGAAAAUAUUUGUCACUCGUGGACCAGAUGGAAAAAUUGUUCCGACUCGAAGAAUUCUGAUAAGAAGAGUACCUCCUCAAAUCCAGAAAGUGAUUCUUGCACCACCUCCUGGUUUGAAUCCACGUCCUCACCUGCCGGUAAAUCAAUUUCAAACGCGGAACGGUUUUGACGUGCAUCAUAGGAAUCAAGGAGCUAACAACUCGCACUACACCUUGCCCCACGUGGGAAAUGGGAAUCGAGAUUUGGCAUCUGCAAAUCAACCAAAUUGUGAGACGACUCUGGUUAAAAAAGAGCCAAUAGACGUGAAAGAAGAACCGAUGGAAGACUAUCAGCAAUCCUACAACUUAUACGAUAACACUGUGAACCCUUAUAGAACAGUUCAAACCGGCUUGUUUCCAGUGUCAGUCAUCCCGAGGCCUGAAACUAAUACGUCAGCAAUGCACCCCAGAAUGCCGAAAGCAUUUCCCCCAAUAAUCAUGCCUUGUCGUCUUGAUCAAGAAACAGGGAAAUACAGAAGUGUGUUUGAGCCCGCUGCGCUGCAACGGGGCACCUCACCGACUAGAGUUUUUCUCGGGGCGGAAGAACCUAUAAAAGAUCUUCCGGAUGACACAAAGAAGUUCAGUUGGUUUACGCAGAGGACUGUGAGAAAUUUCAAUGAUGCUCAAUUGAUGCCAUUUAGAAAGCGUCCUGCUGCAAAUUAUAUCGAGGAGAUUUGUACCAAUAAUAAUGCUAGAGAAGCUAGUGCGGUUUUGAUUGAAGAAGUGGAGCCGGAAAAGGAUGAAGAAGAAAAAGACCAAGAAAAAAAAGAAGAAGAAGAAGAAGUGAACAUGGAAAUAGAUGAAGGCGAUAAAGAAGAAAUUCAAAGAAUGGUGGAGCUCAAAAAAGCUAGAAACCAAGAAUUCAUGCGACAGAAACAGGCGUUGGCUCAGAAACUGAUCUUGAAUGAAUACGAAAUUUGCGAGUACAUGCAGUCAGAAACAUUCAAAAAUUUGAUCAAGCCAGCUGAAGAUUCAUCCACAUUUCAAAAAAUCGUACAGGCGCCCGCACCGCUGGCGAAGUUUCCAGAAUUCUGUGAAUCUUUGUCAUGUUCUUAUCCAGCUUUGUUCAGAAAUUUGACACGCAUUCACCAUAUGCAUAACAAUGAUCUGAGCAAGUUUGUAAAGGAUUUUGGUGAAGUCAAUGAAAGAAGGAAAAGAGUUGCGUUCGGUCCGGUGCAAUUGACACAUGGUGUAUCAGAAAUGAAGAAAAAAGAUCGACUGAGAAAUCUUUCAACUGGUAUAAUCGCAAUGCUGGAAGUUGUUUGGUGUGGUGUCACCACAAAAGUGCCAGAAUUCAUCCAAUGUACUUUGUGUGGUGACAUAAUGCGUUUGUGCAUGAGAAAAUGUUACUAUCGUGGAGUGUUAAGAGAAUACCCGGCAUACAGAUGCCUACGCAAAGGUUGCCAAACAUUCCAUUCCAUCAAGAAGCAAUUCAAUUUGAACAUGCAAAAUAAGAUUUCUCACUGGUACGCGAUUCCUGUUCCUCCAAAUCCAUCAUCAAAAAAGAAAAAGAAGGGAGCCUAUGCUGGUCCAACCAAAUUCCUUAUCAAGGCUGUCGAGUGGAAGAAUGAUUUGGCAUCGACACCAAACCCGGAGCCUGUUGAAAAUAUUAAAGCAGAAACUCCUGAAGAAGAUAUUGAGAUUCCAAAGGAAGAAAGUCCGGAAAGAUUUGAAGAAAAGCCUGUGGUCGGAACCAACCUGACUUCCAGCCCACGUGAAAAACGUAUUCGCAAGAACAAGUUGGACACGUUGUCAAAGGAUUUCCUUUGUGGAUCCUCUGCUGCUGAAAUCGCACGUCUUGAUAAUGAAAAAGAAAUGGAAGAAAAAGAAGAAGAAGAUGAAGAGGACGAAGACAUGGACGCAGCAGAGACCGUCGGGUUCAGGUUCAUCACCGACAACUCAAAUCUUUCUGGAGAAUUGGAAGAGCAAAAAGAUGAAGAUGAUGAGGAUAAUGAGGGUGAGGAUGACGAUGAAGAAGAAGACAGCGACUAUAAAGAUUCGAGUGACAAAGAAGACGACGACAAGGAAAUAGUUGUAUCACCAACAAAAGCCCUUAAAGAAAAACCUUCUCCGAGCCCUAAGAAAGUCGAAACUCCACCAUCCAGACCUGUAACAAAUUCUCGAUAUCUGCUACUCUCAACUCCAUACGCCUAUCGUCUUCACAUGUUUUUCGGCGAUCGUCAUUUAUUCGUUACUCGGUGUUAA